UCAGUCGAAAGCCAUCCGGAAGGAUCCCGAGAAUCUGAUUAUCGUCAUAGCAAAACUAGAUACCUAAACUUGUGAUCAUAAAAAGUGUUGUAUUUUACAAUAAAAGACAAAAAUAAUUUCACAAGAAAGGACAUUUAAACGACACGCAAAAUGUCGUCGGAGGAAUUCGAGAAGUUGCACGAAAUGUACCGAUCGUUGUACGAGGAGCUGAAGCUGAUGCCAGAUAAGGCUCAGAAAUCUCACGGAGAGGAGAGGAAGAGGCUGGUGAGGACCUUCGAUGAGAGACAUGGGGAGGCUGAUGAAGUGUUACAAGGAAUGGAAGAGGAGCUGCGCGUUGCCCCUCCGUCCUAUCGAAAUUCAAUGAGCACAAAACUGCGUAUGUACCGGCGAGACCUCGGCAAGCUUCAGAGGGACAUGAAAAACUCAGCACCUGGCUUUGGCUCCUCGUACAACACAGUGCCAGGAAAUCAUGGCAUCUACUCUUCACAAAAUCAGCACAGUACACACCUGCAGUCCCAGAGAGCAUUGCUUCUUCAAGGUACGGAUGCUCUAAAUAACGCCAGCCAGAGUAUUGAGCGCAGCCAGCGCAUCGCUGCUGAGACGGAGCAAAUUGGCACAGAUAUCAUCGAGGAGUUGGGAGAACAAAGGGAACAGCUGGAUCGAAGCAGAAACAGACUUGCGAAUACUGGAGAGAACCUGAGUCGUAGUAGAAAAAUUCUUCGUGCCAUGUCAAGGCGGCUGGUGACAAACAAGUUGCUACUGGGCAUCAUCAUUUUAAUGGAACUGGCCAUUCUGGGUGCUGUGAUUUACCUGAAGUUUUUCCGAAAAUGAGCAGACUUACGUUUAAGUUGUGGAUCCAGGGCAAACUCAGACUUUGUCUCUACUGACUAUCCAGUAGCAAUAAUAACACUGUCCUGCUGUUUUCAGCUAUCUGUGUCUGUGAUGGCAAUGAAGGCCUGAACUCUGACAGGACAUUCUGUCCAUUAUUUGAUGUGAAUGGCAAUUUGCCAACUUGCUAAUGGACCAAACCUACAGAAGCUCUUUGAACUUAGAUUUGCACUGUCACUUGAUGCCAUUGAUGUCCUGCAGGAUGAGGAUCUGGACUUGUCUGCUGGCUGUUACAGAUCCCAUGGAUGAUUCUUUGUAGCAUCUUAGCUGAGUCAGAAAACAAGCUAAUUGAGCCCACAUGUCUCUCUGGGUGAAAGCACUUGUGAAAUGUGACUGAAAGUUCUAGAAAGCUAUAAGUCUCAGAUUGGGUUACAAAACUGCUCAAAUUCAACUGCUGAUGUAUGAAUAUCUUUUACAAUAUGAUGAAAAAGCACCUAACAAAAUACUUUCUUUUCUGUGUUUAAGUGGUUGUGUGCUUAAAAAAAGACUUAAGUUUUAAAUGAGAUAUAUCAGUGAAAUAAAUUAAUGCAAUGUCUUAA